GUUCAAUUGAACUCAUAUAAUGUAGGAUAUGAGAGGGGAACAUGAUACCUGAGCUUGAGAAUGCCUCGAAAGCCAGGGAGAGGGGAGAUGUAGCAAAAGAUGCCUACGUCGGAUUUCUCGAGGGGGGAUUUCAUGACGGCCGAUUGUGAUUGUCGAUGCUUCUGCGCUGAUAUCUCAAUCCAUCAAAAGGGUGAUUUCUCUUGGGAUGGGUGACCUGACUACUUUUUCUUACUUUAGCAGAUUUUUGGAAACAAGGGAGUGGAACAAUGAUUCACCGCCUCCAACAAUUGAGGCACUUUCAUAUGUUCCAGCACCUAAAUUGGCAUUGAGGUUGUACUUACAGUGUGUAGAGACUGCUAACGAUUGUGAUUUGGAACCAAUUGCAUAUGAGUUUUUCACCCAAGCAUUUGUUUUAUAUGAAGAAGAAAUUGCAAUAAUUGCUCAAUCUCUUAACACGCAUAAAAAGUGAUUUUAAUAGAGUUUUUCUUUAUUUACAAACACAUGACUUAUUUAUUUGCAUGCUGCCAAAAUUCCAAAAGCUCAAAUAACUGCAGUUCAUCUAAUAAUUAGAACCCUUCAAAGGACACAUGUAUUUGGUGUGGAAAACAGGGACACUUUGACACAUAAAGCCACAAGGAUACAAAUGCGGACACAAAUAGAUCAAUUAACAACUGAGAAAGACGAUGCACAAAGACAUGUUAAAGGUUUACUAUGUGUGGUUGAAAGUAAUGGAAGUUCAUUGACAACUUUUUUUUUUGAAUAUCUUACAAUUGGUUUUGACCUUCUAAAUAUGUGAUUUUCAUAGAUUACAAC